AUGUUGAAAAUACGUGAACUUCAAAAGAAAAGACAAGAGGAAGAAGCAGCUGCCGCAGCAGCAAAUUCAAAAUCACCCACCCCAUUCUCAUCAACGGCAUCUUCUACAAACAACAACGCGUCAUCAUCAUCAAAAGUUAGCGCCGCUCAACUUCGUGUGCAAAAAGAUAUCACUGAAUUAGAUUUACCAAAAAGUAUCAAACUUACAUUCCCCAAUACGGCUGAUUUUUUUAAUUUUGAUCUACAAAUCAUACCUCAAGACGGUUAUUACAAAAAUGGGAAAUUCAAAUUCAAGAUUGAAAUUGGUCAAAACUUUCCCAUUGAACCACCGAAAAUCAAAUGUCUAAACAAGAUUUACCAUCCAAAUAUAGAUCUUGAUGGGAAUAUAUGUUUGAAUAUAUUGAGAGAAGACUGGUCUCCGGUUUUAAGCUUGAAUUCGGUAUUGAUUGGGUUGAAUUUCUUAUUUUUAGAACCGAAUCCCAAUGAUCCAUUGAAUAAAGAAGCUGCUAAUAUGUUGGUUAAAGAUAAGAAUCAGUUUGAAAGAAACAUUACUACGUCAAUGAGAGGGGGAUACAUUUCACUGGUGCAUUAUGAUCGUGUUAUAUAG